AUGAAUUCAAAAAAUAACGAAGGAUUUGCGAUAGUUCAUGAAAAUCCUAUGCCAUCCCCAAGUUCUCUUCAAAUGGAGCAUGAUUGCUUAUUGGUUUUAGCAAACGAAUUAUUAAAACAACUCCCAGAUAAACUUACGUUAUCUCUAGAAGAGAUCCUUGCUCCACGUGACACGGAGGAAAAUGCAAAAAAACAACCGCGAUCCCAAAAUAAAUUUAUUUUAUUCCGAAAGGAAUACACCGCAUACGUGAAAAAGCAGGAUCCAGAUCGAGCAAAAUCAAUGAAUACAGAUGAAAUUUCUAAGGGGACAAGUAAACACUGGGAAACACUGCCACCUCAAGGUAAACAAUUGUUUACCAUUUUAUCGAACAUUGCCGACAAAAGACAUAGAAUGAAGUAUCCAAACUAUGUCUAUAAACCCCAAAAAAAGGAAAGCAAACAAACGUUCUCCGAGGAAACUUCUUUUGAAGAAACAAAUCAUGUUUAA